AUAAACUGCACAAGUUGCAGUUGUUCCCCAGCCCGGCACUAGGAGCCGGCUCUCGGUUUAGCUCAGGCUCAGACUGGAUGGAAAUUCAGCAUAAAUUAUAUAGGGGUUUGGUUUGUGAAGAUACUGGUCAGCACAGUCUGUGGUUAGUGGAGUCGAUCCUGUUUUAGAGCCAAGGGGACGGUGUGUGUGUGGGGGGGGAUUGCACAGGCGGGUUUUGCGAGCCUUUUUACGAGGGAUGUCUGGAUAAAAUGUUUCAGCUGUUCCUUUUUAAAGUAAUCCUCGACCAGCAGACUCCAUCCAGCAAAGAGGCCAGAAACGAAACAGCGGCAUUUUAAAAUAAAGGCUGACAGCCAACCAUCGAGGGAGCUAUGAAUUGUGUGGAAGUUUAAGACACGUUUGUAUCUAUGGGAUGGCUUCACUGGGACAGGCAGUGGAGGGAGAAAGAUUCUUGCCUUGCACUGUAAGUAUCGUGCGGACAACAAGUAAAUAUUUAAGAAAUAAGACAGUGGCGGUGAAUGAAAACGAUAAUCCAGACGUGGAACACAUGGAGGCAGAGAAGCUUGAUGCGAAUUUGGAUGGCAACGACAGAGAUGAGAGGAAAUCUCCAAAGUUUAUUUGCCAAACCUGUGAAAGGAGCUUUCCUUUUCUCAGUGUACUGUCAGUCCACAUGCGAACUCACACAGGGGAAAAGCCCUUUAAGUGUCCGUAUUGUGACCACAGAACCUCCCAGAAAGGUAAUCUCAAAAUACACAUCCGAACCCACAAGAUGGGAGACCUGAGUGAGGGACAUGAGAAUGACAUGGGUGAUCAACAGCUCAAGGAGGUCAGUGCAUCGGAGAAGCUGAAUGCAUACACGAACCCAAUGAAAAGCAGGUCUUCUUCCAAUAAGGUACAAAAUGGAGUUACAAAAAUAGACAAUGGGAAGAUCAUUCUACGAAGGCUGAAAAAGGAAAAGGAAACGCUCAGUGCUAAUGGCAGUGAGACGUUCCAGUGCUCUUUCUGUAAAGGGAAGUUUGGGAAGAAGCAUGAACUGGAGCAGCACGUGCAGCUGCUGCACAAGUCUUACAAAUGUCGGCUGUGCAAAUACAUCACGUUGAGAGAAGACAAACUGCUGAGCCACAUAGAAAAGAUCCACAUCACCGUCGAAACAGCAAAAAGCGAAGCCGAGAGCAGGAAAAGUGAACAAACUGUGAACGAGUACACAUGUGAAAUAUGCAGACAGACGUUCUCCCAGUCCUGGUUCUUGAAAGCCCAUAUGAAAAAGCACAACGGUUCCUUUGGACAUGGCUGCCACGUUUGUGGAAGGAGGUUUAAGGAAUCUUGGUUUCUCAAAAACCACAUGAAGGUGCACGGGACGAAGAGUGCAAGCAAGAAUAAAGUCAGUAAAAGUGACGUGGAGAAUACGGCCACCAUCAAUGAUGUGGUUCAGGAGGACACAAUCGGCCAUGCCUUUUCACAGUAUAAAAUCUGCAUGAAAUGUGGCUAUUUGUUUCCAAAUAAAGAAAGUUUAAGAGAACAUGACAAACUGCACUACAGAACAACUGAAGCUUCCCUUGGAGGAAAAUUAAAGUCUAAAAGAGAGACGUCAAUUACCAGAGGCACUGAAACCGCAACCACAAAAGAAUAUUUCCUGAGGUGCCUGAAUCUGAGGCCAUCUGUGACAUUGGACAACUUUACAAGUCGACUGUCUGCAAAGGGAAUAGCUGAGCUCGACCCAGUUAGUAGUCACCAGGCUUGGCAUUUGGCUACCAAAGGAAAAGUAGCAGAAGUCACUGAGUAUGCACGGCACAGUGGGCUGAAUGGUGUACUUCAAGUUUCGGAUAUCACUUACAACAAAGAGGAAGGAGAGUACAUUGUUAUCAGUGCUGAGAAGCGGAAACGGGAUCAAGAUGCUCAUCGCACAGGCUACCCAAAAAAACGGAGUAGGACAGGUAACCUGUGUGACAAAGACAGCUCAUUGCCAAACAGAGGUAGCUCUGUGGAUGCCAAAAACAGCACCGAUUUUAGACCUCCAUCUCGCCAGAGCAGGAGGUCAUCACAGAAUAAAAGCACUGAGUGUUUUGAGUGUGGCAAGGUGUUUAGAACUUAUCACCAGGUGGUGCUCCACUCAAGGGUUCACAGAAAGAACAGGAAGAGCACAUGCAAACGUGAACAGGCAUCCCAGGGUGGAAGACGUGGCUCCACCAGUGAGGUAGACUCCAGUUCAACCAGUAGACCUAGCACCCCAAGCUCUGCUUCCGUUCCAGAGGAUGUAGUGAUUCCAAAGCUUGGGGAAGAAGGCAUCGUCUGCUCCAAGGACGGUCCACAUAUAGCCUCAGAUGGUAGAGCACAGAUCAUAUUAGAGGAGUGUUCACAGACCCUGUUAGAGAAAGGUGCAGAGACCCUAUCAGAGGAAGGUGCACAGAUCCCGUCAGAGGAGAGUACACAAACUCUAUCAGAGGAGAGGACACAAACUCUAUUAGAGGAGAGGACACAAACUCUAUCAGAGGAGAGGGCACAAACUCUAUCAGAGGAGAGGACACAAGUUCUAUCAGAGAAGGAAGCACAGGCAUUAUCAGAGGAGAGUGCACAGACUCUAUCAGAGGAGAGUAUACAAACGCUAUCAGAGGAGAGGACGCAAACUCGAUCAGAGAAGGAAGCACAGGCGCUAUCAAAGGAGUGUAAAGAAAUUCUAUCAGAGGAGAGGACACAGGGUCCAUCAGAGGUGUGUACACAAAUACCAGAGGAAGGAGCACAGACUCUAUCAGAGGAGGGAGCACAGACUCUAUCAGAGGAGGGAGUACAGACUCUAUCAGAGGAGAGUACACAGAAGCUAUCCCAGAAACUCUCACAGACCCCUUCAGAGGAAAGAGAGCAAAUCUUGUCAAAAGAGGGUACACAUAUCCUAUCAGAGGGUCGUUUACGGAUCGUGUUGGAGGAGGAUGUACGGUUGCCAUUGCCAUGUUUAGGAGAAAAGCCAUACAAAUGUUUUCAUUGUGACUAUGCAGCGACCAAGUUGAUCUUACUACAAUGCCACAUGGAUCAACAUAACAUGGUACCUCGGGUUGAAUCUAAUGAGGACAUUACAGACACCAGCAACAGCACUCAGGCAGCUUUGUCUCGAACAGUGGGAACUGGAGCCUCUUCCCCUUCUGGGGAUGCCACUUACUAUUUGGAUGUUAAAAGGUCUGACAUAACCUCUGAGGAAUACAGAUGUAAAGCCCAGAUUGAUGUACCAGUGAAACGACAGAAAAAGGAGCGCUCUGGCUCUUACGAAAUCUUGGAAAAUGCCAUUCACUCCAGCAUACCCACCACUUGUCAGAAAAUGUCAGACAGUGGAAUAAUUUCGACGAGUUCAGAGUCAGCGCAGUUGGACAGUUCAGAUGAAAGUACUUCAAGUGGAGAGCUCCUUUCACAAGAUAUAGGCAAAGGCCAAGCUAUCGAUGUCCAAGGACAAGUAGCCCAAGAUAGACUUCCUUUGGAUCUGACCUCAGCACUUCUUAAAAAGAGUACUUGCAAUAGUAACUUAGCUCUGAAGGAUUCAUCUACCUCAUUGCCACAGAGUUCCGUGGUGACCCACCUCUGUCAGUUUUGUGAUCACACGACCCUCUACCCUGAGGUUCUCUCAAUGCAUCAACGUGUUGUGCACAAGUUGAACCUUGAUGCAGUAGUUCCUAAAUGGCUUCCCAGGAAUGGGUUCAAAGACAGGCAGCAGGACAUGCUUCACGGUGCCGGAGGUAGGCGGACUGGGCCGCCUCCUGUACUGGAGGGUAAAGACAGCUCCCCUUUACCCACAGCUAGAGCCAUGCGCACCCACGCCCCAUGUCAGAACAAAUCGCCAAUCCCAAUAGCAAAUGUGCUCCCCUCAAGAAAACGGCCCACACCAGUACACCGCGGGGUUUAUCCUCAGCCGGAGAGAAUGGGGUCUGUGGGCUUAGGCCUGGACACCUGCUGGCAGCAGAAUCUGAACAGUUGCAAUCAAUAUGACUUUGCUUCAGAACGACAAAAGGUGAGGUCAAAGCCAGAGGUCCAGCAGAAAACGUCUCUGGUUGGUAACCUUGAAAACCACCUGCUGCCCGCCCAGGCUGCAAUCCUGAGACCUGGCAUGCCAAGCGAGACCACCGGAAUAUAUCAGGAGGCAUUUUUCCCACAGGAGGGUGUCGGGUACACACUUCCUGGCUCCCCUUUCCAAUCUGACUCAUCGAAAAUCAAAGUCAGUCAGAAGCCUGAAUGCAGAGUCAUAUCCACAGGUGAACAGUACGCAAACAUAAAGACAUUGUUAUGCUUCAGCGACCCCCCGGCGAGAGGCUUACAUGAGUUGACAUCAUCCAGAAACUGCGACCUUGGCGGGCGAGUGAAUGUGCUGAUGUGGCAGCGCUGUCCCAGCUCUGUGGGAGUCUCUGCACCAUUACGUACUGCUAUCAAUCGAGAGUCACCAUCUGAACCUGAUCAGGCUUCCAAGCACAUGGAUGUUUAUAAUAUCUUUCAGACUUACAGUCCCCAAGACCUGUCUGCACUGUACCAGAGCUGGGGUGCUAACAGCUGCUUCUCGGAUCCAACAGGGAUGACAUUCUGCGCUCAGACGCGACAUGGAGAAUAUAUCUGCAGAGAAUGUGGAAAGUGCUUCAGCCAACCCAGUCACCUCAGGACCCAUAUGAGGUCCCACACAGUGCAAAAUUCCUACUGCAGUCCUCAAAUGGUUACAGGAGAGAGACCUUUCCAGUGCAGAUACUGUCCGUACAGUGCCUCCCAGAAGGGGAACCUGAAGACGCAUGUACAAUGUGUCCAUCGUGUGCCCUUUGACAAUAACCAGUACCCAGACCGGCGAUUCAGAUUGUCUCGACAUGAUGAUCUCCACAAAGCAAUGGAAGGUCACUUUGAACAUUUUACAUCAGAUCACCAGGAUUCCGAGGCAACUACACUGGAAUGAGCCAUCCCUUGAACUCUUACUUUCAGUCGGAGUGAGUUGAGGCCAUUUCUGAAGGGAGAGUUUGCAACUGCUGCUGCCUUUUUGGGACAUGGGGAGGCAGUAAACAACUGUUUAAAGGCAGAAGUUGAACACUCCUCCUUUCCUGAUGAAUGACUGCAGUCUCUAGACUGUUUGAAAUAAAUAGUGAGAUGGCCCUGGGAGCAGGACGCUAUGAAAGGUGAAGAGCUGUCUGUUCAGAAUACAUUUUAUUGAUCUUUUCAGUUUUACUUCUGCUGUUUUCUGAUAAUUACCUAAGAAGUCUUUGUUAGAGCCAACCAUGCUUUUUCUCUGAAAGGGAUCAUGCUGGGCAUUCUGGACACUCAACAAGAGUGUCAGGGGGGAAAAUCAUCAAUGGCGACUCGUAAUCCAACCCUAACAACAGCAACCAAACUGGUUGUUAUAUAAACAAAGUUCAAUAGUCAUUAUAUGUCAAUUGAUUUUUUUUGUACUGUUUGUAUGACCUGAUGAGGCUCUGUUUUGGGAAAAUCUUGUACAGUAGUGUAACAAUAAGUUAUGGUUUAUUUUCACCCAAGGUGGUUGAUGACAUCAACAACCUUUGGCCUGUCCGUAUAGAAAGAUACUUCAAUUUAAUAUUCGUUAUGGUCUGUUUUAUUUUAAUGCCACAUUGAAUAUAAAUUGAAUUGGUAUUCGCUUCUCUUUUUUCCUGUCUCUCAGCAAUGCAUUGUGCUAGACUACGGGAUCUCUCCUAUCAGUCUCCCAGUAUCACAAUGUACUAUUAGAACAGAUAUCACCCAUCACUCUCCCAGUAUCACUAUGUGCUGCUUGACCGGAUACCCCCAUCAGUCUCUUAGUAUCACCAUGUACUUCUCUACUCUAAUGAAUCAGCUGAGCCAACACAUUGUGCUGGAGUCUUUCUAACAUUGGCCAUUUGAAAUUUCUCUUGUGGUCCAAUAGGCAGGAAUUUUAAGGGACCAUUUUCUACUCUUAUGACAAGAAUCGUUCACCAGAUAACCAGAAUUGGUCAUCAUUUAGCAAGAUUAUCGAGGAAGUGAAUAAAACGCAAUCCCUGAUUUCAGCCAUAAAUAAGACAUAGAGAAGGAAAAUUUUAAUGAUGUUCUGGACUUUGUAGAAGGGUGUGUCGGCUUGCCAAAAGUUUUAGAUUUUAUCUCAGUGGUGUCCUCUUACACAAAAGCUUCAUAUACCUCUUUUGUUUGCCAACACCAUCUGAAAUGAUUUUCUAGCUGAGGGGCGAUGGCUGUAAGCAAAAGUCAUUCAUGUACAGUGUAGUGAAUUUCUACUCAAAACAACUGUGGCACUCUGGAACUUGUUAUUAAAAAUGCCCUGACAUUUUCAAAAUGUUGUGUCCUGGAAGAAUCUCUGUGCUGCAAGCAUUACAAAAGGCAGCUGCUUUCAGAAAAAGAAAGAUUAAUUGAAACAAAAAAACUUUUCGAUGAUCUUCAAUAAAUAUUUUCAUU